AAUCAUUAAAUGUGAGUAAUAAUCUUCUAGUGAAUUUUAUCAAUCCAAGUGCUAUUGUCAAUCUUACGGAAUUAUCUUGUCUACGUACUGUGAAUCUAUCGAAUAAUUAUUUAACUGAAUUCCCUGUCGAAUUGUGUAUCUCAUCAAUACCAAUUAAUGUGAUUGAUCUUUCCAAUAAUAAAAUUACUAUAAUACCAAAUGCUGUAUCUGCUUUACAG